AGGGUCACGUGGUCGGGCUCUCGGUCUCCGCCGCGUCCGGCGCGUCGCGGGCAUGCCGCUGCUCCGCGGCGGCCAGGGGCACUGAGGUCGCGGCAGGGUCGCGGGAGGAGCCGGAAUGGCCGACUCGGCACUGCGGCGCAAGACGCGCUCGGCUUCCAUCUGCGCGCCGGGGUUCUCGAGCAUGGAGCAGAUGCUGGGCGCCAUGCCGCCGCCCGGGCCCGGGGACAGCGCCGGGACACCGACUCGAAGGCGGAAACCGGCGACCAGGUCGCAGAGCGCGCGGGCCUCGGCCGGCAGCAAGAGCAUCCGCCGGCGCGCCGCGGCCCAAGCGGCGGCCCAGCACCAGCAGCCGCACCACCGGCACCACGAGGGCUCCGUCAGGUCGGCGCACUGCAGCAGCGAGCCGCGGCUCGCGGACGCCGACGCCAGCCCGGGGCUGAGGCGGCGCGGCAGCCGGCGGGGCCAGAGCAUGCACCACCCGCACCAGCGCAAGAGCAACGCCUUCCUCGACGUGCCGGACGCGCAACAGCCCUCCUGGGACGACGCCGCGGCCGCGGCCGCGGCCGCGUCCGGGGCCGGGGCUGGGGCCGAGGUCGAGGACGAGGACAGCUACCGCCUGCGCAGCUUCAGUCUCACGAGCAAGGGCCUGAUCAACCGAGGCGACUCCUUCCGGCGAAGGAGGUCGAGGUCGAACUCGCUGGCGCCCGCCGACCCGGAGAAGGAGGAGACCCCAGCCUCGCCCCCCAAGGAAGUGGCCUCGUACACCGUGGCCAUGCUGGGGACGCGGGGCGUCGGCAAGACGGCCCUCGUCAGCCAGUUCAUGACCAGCGAGGGCAUCAACGCCUACGAGCGGCAGCGCGAGGUCCCGAGCGAGCAGUCCGUCUUCGUCAUGCUGAACGGCGAGGAGAGCGAGCUGCGCUUCCUGAACGUGACGAACCCGAAGGUUCCUUUCUCGUUGGCAGACGGAGCUGGAGAAGCUCGCGCCCCCCGACGCCUUCGUCGUCAUGUACUCUGUCAUCGACAAGACCUCCUUCCAGCGGGCCGAGGAGUACCUGGCGCGGCUGCACGACCAGGACCUCCUCCGGGGCAGGCCGGCCAUCCUGGUGGGCAACAAGGUGGACCUGGUGCGCUCGAGGGCCGUGUCCUCGCAAGAUGGCAAAUGCAUGGCCUGCACCUACCGCGCCAAGUUCAUCGAGAUCUCCGUGGGCAUCAACCACAACGUGGACGACCUGCUGGUGGGGAUCCUGAACCAGAUCCGACUGAAGGCGGUGCAGGGCCGCGCGGGCGUCGCGACCGGGGGCGGGGCCGCCGCCGAGGGCGGCGCGCACUGGUACAAGUCCCGGGGCGUCGUCAGGGUCAGCAUGAAGGCCAGGCAGAUGCUCACCUGGCUCUUCGGCAAGGAGGACAGCAAGUUCAAGAACUGCGAGAACCUCCACGUCCUCUAGGCCGAGCCCCCCACCCCCGCUCUCGAGACGACCCCCUACCAAGUGCCUCCGAGUAUUUUUCUACCCUAAGAAUAGUCGAUGUCGUCGCCCCUCGUCGCCGACCGCGUCGGCGCCCCUCUUCGAUGUCUUUAUCUUUGUUACCCGCUGGAAUCGUCGUUUCCUCGUGCCCGUUCGUCCAGUGACGCGCGGCACGUGACAAUAUAUAC